UUCAAAAAAUCUCUACUCCAACACCGAACAUUUCCAUGCGCUAUUUUUGAAAACUCGUUUUUCUGGCAAAACAAUUCUAGCUUUAUUAUAUUUUUGCGUAUAUAUUACGCUAGACAUUUGACAUCGUCGUCUCAUUAUCUCUCAGUAAGUCGUGAAGUGAAGUUUGGAAAAUUUUUGCGUGAAGAGUUCAGUGGUUAAAGAAAAAAUUAUUAUAUAAAAUGAUCCUGCUAUUUCUGGCCUCAAUCACUCUCCUCACUAUCAUCUACUACAUCAUUAACGUCGCCCUAUGGCUCACCCUCGACUGUGACGUCGAGCUUUUUAUCAAGAGUAAAUUUGGAAAAAAAUUAUCUUCUCUGUCCGGCAAGGUUGUGUGGAUAACAGGGGCUUCAUCAGGCAUCGGUCAGAGUUUAGCCCAUGUCCUUGCAGCUAAUGGUGCGAAAUUAGUUCUCACAGCAAGACGCGUUCCAGAACUGGAGAAAGUCAAAGAACAAUGUCUUGCAAUUUCUGGUGGGAAACUAAAGGAGAACGAUGUUCUCACUAUGCAAAUGGACAUGGUUGAAAUUGAUCGUCAUGAGGAAUAUUUCCAGCGAGUCGUCAAACACUUUGGCACAUUUGAUAUUCUCGUCAACAAUGCUGGAAGAUCUCAGAGAGCUGCAUGGCAAGAUAUUGAUUUAACUGUUGAUCGUGCGCUCUUUGAUCUCGAUGUCUUCAGCGCUGUUAAUCUUUCCAGGAUCGCCGUGAGAUACUUCCUGAAGAAUGGGAUAAAAGGGCACAUUGCUGCCAAUUCCAGUGUUGCUGGCUUGAUGGCCAUCCCCAAUUCAGCCACCUACGUCGCAGCUAAGCACGCAAUCAACGGUUACAUGCAUGCACUGAAGCUGGAACAGCCGCACAUCAAUACAACAAUCUUUUGCGCUGGACCAACAUUUUCGGAAUUCCUCUAUGAAGCAUUCACGGACAAAGUUGGUGAGAAAUACGGGCAAUCGGUGAAGGCAACGGACAAGAGAUUAACUUCCGAGAGAUGUGCUGAACUCUUUGCUGUGGCUCUGGCCAAUGGUACCAAUCUCAACUGGGCUGGAUGCUUCCCAUUCUCCUUCCUCCUCUACCUCAAAUACUUCCCAAAUCUCUAUAAUUUUGUGAUUAAGGUAUUGGGCUCCAAAACUCUCUACAAGAUCCGCGACAGCAAGUAAUCCUACCAAGUAUCAAAUUUGGAGGAUAAAAACCAGAAUUCUCAAUUUUAUGCAUUUAACCAGUUGUGUGUUUCUUUUUUAAUGAUCCUUCUGCCAAUAAAAAUCAUGUUUACUCAGUCA